AUGUGUGCCAACUCUUUGGUGGCAGGUUUGAGCACUGGCCAGCGGGUGGUGACUGUUCAGAAGGGGCCUCUCUACCGCGUGAGGGGAUCCCACGUCACACUGUGGUGCAAGGUGAGUGGCUACCAGGGCCCAGCAGAGCAGAACUUCCAGUGGUCCAUCUACCUGCCCUCGGCUCCCGAGCGAGAGGUGCAGAUCGUGAGCACCGUGGACCCCUCCUUCCCCUACGCCAUCUACACCCAGCGCGUGCGCAGCCGGGGGAUCUACGUGGAGCGGGUGCAGGGGGACGCCGUCCUGCUGCACAUCACCGAGCUGCAGGACCGGGAUGCCGGGGAGUACGAGUGCCACACGCCCAACACUGAUGAAACGUAUUUUGGGAGUUACAGCGCCAAAACAAACCUCUCAGUGAUUGCAGACACCCUCUCGGCUUCCAUGGUGCCCCAGGUCCUCACCCGCACUGAAGGGGAUGCAGCAGAGCUCACCUGUGAGGUGUCCAAGGCCACUGCUCAGCAUACACAUCUCUCUGUUGGCUGGUACCAUCUUCAGGAAACAGGAGAGCACCAUGCUGAGGAGGUCCUCACCCUCUCCAAGGACUUCACCUUGAGGCCAGGACCCUCGUACAUGCAGAGGUUUCUGGUGGGGGAUGUGCAGCUGAACAAGGUUGGGAACACCACAUACAAGCUCUCCAUCAGGGGAGUGGAGCUGUCUGACCAGGGACAGCUGUACUGUGAGGCAGCUGAGUGGAUUGAGGAUCCUGAUGAGACAUGGAAGGACAUCUCCCGCAAGCAAACAGGGAGGACAUCGCUGGCAGUUGUGAGUCAGGGGGUAUUGUUACACGAAACAGCUCCAGGAGGCAAGAUGCAGCAGCCCUCCAGAGAAGCUGAUGCCUCUGAGUUUGAGCAGCCCUUGGUUGGGAUACGCAGAGAUCUCUCUGUGAACAUCACUGCUACUGAAAGGUCGCUUGCUGAAGGAGAUACCUUACAACUAAAUUGUGUUGUGGGAUCCCAGAAGAGCAGCAGCAGUAAUUUCCAAGUUCUUUGGCUCCUCAAUAGUAUUCAAGUAGCCAGGGUUGACCCACAUGGGGUAUUGAUUUUGGAGGAAGCAUAUGAAGAGAGAGCCAAGCUGGGGAAGCUCCAAGCAUUCAAGCAAAGCAACACGGUUUAUGUCCUCACCAUCUAUGAGGUGGGGCUGCAGGACAAUGGCACAUACCACUGCUCUGUUUCGGAGAUGAAGACUCCUGGAGACUUUGACAGCAUCCAGACCAAUCUGUCAUCAGGCAUCCAAGUCAAUGUGAAGCCAGUAGAGAGCCGCAUGCGCCUGUCUGUGUCCACCAGCACGCCGCAGGUCAUGGCGGGAGAUGCCUUGAUCUUCCUUUGCGAGGUUCAAGGAGCGACCAAUCCUGUGUCCGUGCGGUGGUGGCACCUGCCACCGCAGCACCCGGGUCCCCGUAUGCUGGUGGCCACCAUGGAGCGAGAUGGCACCCUGAGCUUUGGCAGCACCUACCAAGACAGCAGGACUCGGGGAAGCCUCCGACUGGAGAAAGUGAGCUCUGGCGCUUUCACCCUGGUGAUCCCCAACACACUGGAUGAGGGCGAUGGUGGGCGGUACGGGUGCAAAGCAACGGAGUGGUCCCAAGGCCGGAGCUGGACAGAGGAAGGGGAGACAGCAGUAACAGUCAGCCCCAUGGGUCUUGGUCUGCAUGCCACGCUGAGAAGCCGAACUGCCAUCAUCAGUUACGGACAGAGUUUUGAACUCGUCUGCCAAGUGAGCGCCAGCUAUGCCUUCGAGAUGGUGCCAGUGUCCAUGGGGUGGUUCUUCCAGCCCAACACACCCACCGGCCACUACCAUGAGCUGGUCUGGCUCUUUCCUAAUGGCACUGUGACCUGGGGGGCAACGCAGCCACACUUCCAGGGGAAAGCUCAACUGAUAAAAUCUGCAACCAACUUCAAGCUGCGCAUCCACAAUGUGACAGCUGCCAAUGAGGGGACGUACCAGUGUGAGGUGGAGGUCUGGAGGAGGAGCACCCUGCCGCUGGGGAAGCCGGCAGCCGCUGUCAAGUCCAAUGCUGUGGGGAUAAAAGUGAUGCUUCCAGAUGCAAGAGCCCUGCAAAUUGUAAGGGCCGACUACAGCAGCGUUCUGGAAUACGGAGCUCAGUUCAGCUCUCCUGCACAAAAGUCCCGCUUCCUGAGCCAAAGGGUGUCCAGCAACACUUUCUGGCUGCGGAUACUCUCUGCGAACCCCGGGGACCAGGGCAGGUACUACUGCAUGGUAGAGGAAUGGCUCUGGCUGGCAGACGGCUGGUACAAACUUGGAGAGGGAGCAUCGGGAGGGACCACGCUGGAGUUCAAGCUCCCAGAGCGUAAACUGCGGCUGGAGGAAACCCAACGCAGCAUCUCAGUGAGGGUGGGUGAGGACGUGACCCUGCACUGCUACCCCUUGGAGAGCCUGGCGGGGAGGCUGUUCCUCCGCCGCCCCACCACCGGUGACUUCAGCCUGAUGCUGCGCGGUGUGGAGGAGGGUGAUGCCGGCGUUUAUCGCUGCCUGGUGCAGGAGUGGCAGCAAGACAGCCAGGGGAAGAACUGGACUUUGCAAGCUGUAGCAUACUCGGAGCACACCCAGCUCACUCCUGUCCCACCAGAGUCAACUGUUUUGUCUAGGAUCUGCUCAUCCCCACCACUGCUGAACUUCAUCCUAUACUUACCACUGGUUUUGAUUCUACUCCUGGCCCUUGCUGUCUUCUGCUGGUACUUCAAAAAAAGCAAGAAGGGCAGCAUCAGAGGAGACGAACUGAUGGAAAUGCAAUGGGCUGGAGGGGCCAAGAAAACUUAG